UUUCACCUGGAUUUCCAGGUCCCGCCACCUUUCACACUUCUCUCCCGGCCCGAGUUAAUUCUGGGCCUGCCGCGGCCCCAGCAAGACCAGCUCCUCCUCUAUCCGGCCUUGACAGGACUUAGGGAGUCCCGCGAGAGCUACGAAAAGAUGAGGUUGUCUGUAUUGUCUGUGAGGAACGUGUGCCCAGAGACAAAACGCUUCCGUUGGCCUGUUAUCAUUCUCAAUGCUUCAGCUGUAUCAGGGAGAAUGUCUUGGCGGCGACCCGAAGUCUACCCUUUACGCCCGCCAGAUGCUGCUUCGUCAUCUCCAUUGACAAAUUUUACGACUUGAAGGUCGUUCCCCCCGAAGAGCUCAUCCAGUAUCGCGAGAAGCUGGAGGAGAUGACGAAUCCACAAACCAAGCUGUACUGCCACAACUCUGCAUGCGCGGCAUACAUACCACCGCAGAACCGCGGGCCGCGGGUCGGCACAUGCCCCAAGUGCAGCCUCAAAACCUGCAAGACAUGCUUGCACAAGUCUCAUUUCGGCAAGUGCGAUUCUGGGCGGCUCGCAGAACUCAGCGAAGCAAGCGAUACGAUCAUGCGAUUGGCGGAAGCUAAAGGCUGGAAGCGGUGCCCGAACUGCAACAACCUCGUUCAGAAGAACGGUGGCUGCGACGAGCUGAUUUCUACGCCUUUAUGUUUCGUCGUUCCGGACUUUCGGGAAGGACUAACAAAGUUGUUCCAGGUGCAAUUGUGGCCAGGUCUUCUGUUAUGGCUGUGGCCAGCCUCGCUCUUCGAGCCACGUGUGCGAGGCGGGAGUAGCUCGAAGUGGCAGGCGGGAAUAGAUGAGGUCGAACAGGACUCGCUCUCCACGUCUCUUGAUCACCGGAUUUGCAGCGACGAGCAGCACGAGUUUUUAACCCUGGCCUGUCGUAUAUCCAUAAAGCUUGCAGCACGAUUAACCGGCAUAGCAGAUCUUUGAAUAAGGGUCGUUCACGCCCAUGUGUAUUGAUAGUUCCGGACGUUCGUCACUGGAACGGCUUGGAUCUUGAAUCAAAACGAGAAGGGCGUACCAUAGCGUUUCCACGGGGCAG